AAAAAAUCGGGCUAUAUUAUUCGCCCGUAGCGCCACAGCAAAGGUAUGCAGGCACGCCUCGUGAACUGCAUGAGCCGGUGUGACAUGGUCCAGUGAUAUUUACCUAUAUAACGUCCCCGCAGUUUGAUAAUACCUAUUGUAAUCGGGACUGUUAUCAGUGAAAUCUCCGAAUUAUCGCUCUCUCACUGCCCAGUGUCAUAACCACUUACGGAGUUACGUACUGUAGUGUGCUGGACUUAUAUUUACAUUCCCAUCGUCCACGCUGUGUUCUCGGACUCCAUGUCACAUACUCGCUGAUUGGAAUACUUCAUUAUGCCGAGGACAGAAGCCCGUGUAUAUUUGACCUGUUUACUUAGCCUGACUUUCCUGCCAGUGGUGUCAGCCACGAUUCUGAAGGCGAAAUUCAACUCUAAUGGUGCCCGUGGGACGGUAACCUUCUCCCAGCCGUCGCCCGGAACGAACACUGUGAUCACCUAUACACUUACUGGUUUUGGAUCCACGUGGGAAUUCCGGACUUUUCCGGUCCGGCUCGAUAUUGCCGAUCGAUGUAGUCAACUUGGACCGAGAUACACUUCGCUUGGAAGUACGGUACCUGUGGGGUCUUUUAUCGCGCCUACAGACCUAAAUGAUGUGAACACCUUAUACGGUCGAUCCCUCGUUCUGAUGGGCGGGCAAGGUUCGGGACUAGCUUGCGCCACCUUAGAGACCGAUGACGAAGUUACCAUGACAGCACGGUUCAAAGACACUGUUGGCGGAGAGGUAGUUUUCCGUCAGCCCUCCGCCGACUACACCGCCCCAGUAUCUAUAUACACAGACCUUUUCCACAUUAAGAAUACCACUGGUGCCUCCGAUUUUUUUCUGAAAUGGUCUAUUUACGAUAAAGAAAUUCAGGACAGCGAUAAUGUAGCUAGCAGGUGCCAGAACCUGGGUAAUGUGUUCAAUCCAACGUCGUCAGCCGGAUCAGGAUGUUCUAUGUCGGCUCAACAAAACUGCAAGGCUGGGGAUUUAAGUGGAAAACAUAACCCUGUGACCGUGUCGGUAAUGAAGGGGGGAGGGGCAAAGCUGUUUCUGGACAGGGCGUUGAGUAUUGGAGCUAUGAAUUCGGCCGAGGGUAAAACUCUAGUUGUUGAAACACCACAAUCGGUUCCUUUGGCCUGCGCUAAAAUCAUCAAGUAUACCACACGGAAUGCAAAGGUUACGAUAAGUAGGGAUGACGUCAAAGGAACUGUAUCAUUUUCCCAGAAGUCUCCAUUCGACUGGACGGAAGUAAGCGUUAAUCUCACGGGCUUGGCUAACAUGGCAGGCGGAUAUCAUAUCCACAACUACCCUGUUCCCCUUAAGAUGAUAAAAGGUCAAGAGAUAUGUGGCCAGGAGUAUGUCGGUGGCCAUUUUAAUCCAUUUGGUGUGGCCGGGGCUCUUCCAGCCCCGGGGGCGGGCACCAACGACCAAUACGAGGUUGGGGAUCUCAGUAACAAAUACGGAUUGCUGAACGGGCUGACAGAAUUGAACAUUGUUAAGAUGGACUCCAACUUACCGUUAUUUGGUGUUAACAGUGUGAUUGGGCGUUCUGUGGUAAUCCAUAAACAAGUGGAUGGAUCUCGUUGGGUUUGUGCUACAAUCGAAGCCGAGGCCAGUGUCAUACAGGCAGUAGCGACCUUUAAGUAUCCGGUCAUCGGUUACAUUUUCCUUCGCCAGCCCCAAAUGAACGGGCCGCUUUCGGAAACCCAGAUUUAUAUGGAGCUCGACUACAGUAAUUCUGCUACGCCGACUUCCACAGCAAAUCAUAACUGGCACAUCCACGUUGAUCGUAUUAACGAAGCCUUCGGAAUGGACGUCUCCCAAAGAUGUCUAUCCGUCGGUGGUCACUAUAACCCUUACUCUGUCGACUUAGGGGGCGAUUACUCAACUCAAUGUAGCCCGAAUAAUCCGUUACGCUGCGAGGUCGGCGAUUUGUCCGGGAAACACGGAAAGCUUGGUGUAAGGACACCGGGCCGAGGAAAGUCCCGGAUGUUCUUCACGGACGUCGACCUGCCUCUUUCGGGGCCAAACAGCGUGUUAGGUCGAUCAAUAGUUAUACACAAUGCCGAUUCUGGGGCCCCUCGACUGGCAUGUGCAAACCUCUACAAUACUCCAGCCAGACUGACGAAGAUAAUGGACUGGUCGCAACAAUCAUACGCUGGCAAAACUGUGUUUAAUUCUAACACUCCAGGCUUUCUGGACGGGCCGACGACCGUCAAUGUGAAUCUAAAUGGACUUGAUGGGAUGGCUAGCGGGUAUCACGUUCACAGUUACCCGGUCCCCUCUUCCGCUUCGUGUUCCGCCGCUGCAGUUGGCGGCCAUUACAAUCCCCUCUCUAUUGUUGGAUCUCCUGCUGACAAAACAGAUGAUAUGUACGAAAUUGGCGACUUAAGUGGAAAAUAUAACCAUAUGCUUGAUGGCAAGACCAGUGUAGAUUGGACUGGUGUCGAUACAAAUUUGCCCGUCAGGGGGAGCCACAGUGUGGUCGGACGCUCUGUCGUCGUCCAUUUCGACAACGGAACCCGGUGGAAGUGCGGAAAUAUCGUGGAGGACACCACUACUUCCGGUGGCAAGAUGUAUACAGCAAAGACCGAGUUCAAAGGAGAAGUAGUUGGUAGCAUUAUAAUGACCCAGUACAAGUACCCGGAUGGUGGACUGAGUGACACAGGGAUACUUAUAGAUUUGAAAUACAAAUCAGACAACACGUUGAUUUCCAGAGGUCAUCGAUGGCACGUGCAUGAAAAGCCAAUGACAGGAGACUGCAACAGUGCCGGUCCACACUACAAUCCCUUCAUGGUCGACAUGACUAAUUACACCGAGUGUUCCCCUUACAAUCCCCUACGGUGUGAAGCGGGUGACCUGUCCUCUAAAACAGCCGUGUAUGACAUCGGAGAUGGCAAGCGAUUCUAUACCGAUGUCAACCUCAAUAUCAUCGACGACUUCGGAGUCGUCGGUCGGUCUAUAGUCGUACACCAAGCCAAUAAUGGCGGCCCAAGGUUCGUGUGUGGCGACAUCAUACCGGAAAACAGUUACACGGAGAGGAUGAGUUUCCAUUCCAGUACAACCAUGGUCGAUAAGUCGGCUCUGGUGGCAACAGUCGCUGCCGCGCUUCAAUCCCGGCCGUACAACAUGGCGGUGAUGCAGAUGUCGGACGGACCCGGUUGUGUGGACGUGGACGUCAUGUUUACAGGAUCGAAUGCUGAAGAAAUGCGGUCGGACCUCCACUCAAUGGUGAUGCGCGAGGACUCAAAAUUAGGCGUGUACACGCCUACUGCCAUCUGUCGGGCAGCGAAAGUCUACAAUGUCGUAAAGCCCACAGGACUGGAUUUUCUAUUUCGUUGGUGGCUGUUCUUCUUUCCUUAUUCCUCCAGCGCCUGAUGUCCCGGGUUUAGGAACACUUCCGCCUAAUUUUCACGUGCCUCUUCGUCAGACUGUUCAAAACAAAAUCGUUAUUAUAUGACAUUAAUGAGCUCUCAACACCACAUAUGUCUUCAAGUGCCUACAAAUGUGAUCAUAGACAUCAGUAUGUUUGAUAUAUGGGCCGACAACAAGUGUCGACCCGACGUUGUGUUCGUCAGAUAUAAACGACUUUGCCCCGUACAUUUAUGACGUCACAAGACAUAUACUUAAUAAAAUACAGUGGUCAAGAGUGUCAAUAACAUUGAUAGAUAUCAUGAGGUCAUUUACAUCAUAGUCGUCUUCCACUUGACCAUGACGUAGAACUGACUGCCUGGUUGUUGUUGGCGUGGUUAUAGCAGCUUUGUACAUAAACCUUAAAUUAUUUUGCCAUGUAAUUAUAGAGAAAUAAUAAUGUUUACUACAAUAGUGCUAUAGACAUUUAACGUACUGUGAAGGAAGCAAUCGCAACGUAUCGGCAAUUUCCGUGAAUUCUCCGAACCUUAACGGAAUGAGCCGAGGUGUUGCGAUUGAGAUAUAUAAGCAGUGUGUGUUUGGGUGUUGUAUGAGGUCGUACUUCGGCCAAAACAUGUGUGUUGGAAGAAUGAUCCUAACUUUAGUGUCGUUAUUUUCAGGUUGUAGCCAAGAUAUUGUUUUAUUGAUCUUUAUAUCGGAAACUACAAGUAAAUAGAACGAGCCAUCGAUAUAAAACUUCGCAGUGGAGCAUUAACCGUUUCUACAGUACAACCAUUUAUAUCUCUGAGUUUAUUUUGAAUAACAUGUACAUUCAAGCAUGAGGUACAAGAGCAAUUCUAUUUGACAACAUUAAAAUACUAAGGUCUCGCGCAGAUGGUGGUAUAAUGUACAGGAGGCAACUUUCAUGUGAUUGGCAGAAUUAUAUCGUGUAUUAGGGUGGUAACUUACAUAAAUAUAGAUUUAUGUGUAAGGGAGAUAACUCCUUCAAGGUAUGCCAAAUCUCAACAUUUCAAUGAAAUUUCCGACGAUCUUUGAAAACCAACUUGCAAACUUGAGUGAAUUUUUGGAAGAUUGCUGGAAAUUCACCCAAGUUGUUGCCAUUGGAGUUGCGCUGUAAUGAGUCAAAUCAUCUAAACGGUUGGGUAUUCUCCCAAAAGAAUGUAGAUCGGGCGUUAGAUCCGUGCGAUGUAUAUUUGAUGGCCAAUUAUCACUUAAGUGACCAAGGACACCGCUAACAUUUAAACACGCCCAUCCUUUCUGUUUAAAUUGACGAGUCGAUGUUGCUACGAUGAUUGUAUAGAAGCGCGUUGGUAUGCGAGAUGGUAUGUGUAUGAACUUUGACGGUAGCUUGGUAUGCAUGGCUUUUUCCUUCACAUGGAUAUUGGCUUCAUAGACCUCACUGCUGUUUAGUCCUUCACAUAGUAUAAAAACUAAAACGUGUCAUAAUCCCAAAGUCCCGUGAUACAACAAUACACAGGUACAUUGUGGCCAUUCCAGUGUUAUCUAAACAGUUUGACAAGAUAUAAUGAUAGGAUUUUGCUUUCUUGCUAGCCUUCAAUUCUUCUAUUCAAGUUCUUGUGAUAUUAACAUAUCCGUUUCCUCGGGUUUUACGUUGAAAUGUUACAUUUAAAAUCAUCAGAUCCGGUUCACGAUCAGGCUUAUUCCGAUAUAUCAACGAACACGUACAGAUCUGCUGCCAAUCCAUUUUGCCGAUACUAGCCCGAUUUUCCUUCGACCCAAACACCAGACGCUGGACAUUUGACAGUGAUUUUAACCAUCCGGACAUCCAUCUGUCUAAAUGUCGAACGUCAGGGGUUGGGUUCAGAGGUAGUUUGGGCUGUAUCUAAUGUCAACAUCUCACACCCAUAUAUGUACAUAUUGUAUAUAUCCUUGUACGACUCUUGUCAGCACAAACAUUGAUAUUGGGGUAAUUAAGUUUUUUUGUGGAUUCUUUUCUUCGUUAAUUUUGAGAAAUGGCGAUAACUCAUUAAAACCGUAUCUUAUGAUAUGAACAAAUUUUCACUCAUUCAAACAUAAUUUUAUAUUAUCAUUCCUUCAUUGGUUUUAGUUGGAGGAGGGGAGGGUCUCAGAAAAGCUGGUGUUCAGCUAAAACAAAGGUUGAACAUGCCAAACGUGAUAUUAUACAUACAUUUGUAUUUAGAAUAAGACCAAAAUUUUCGUAUAGAAAUGUAAGAUUUUGAUGGUUUGGUGAUAACUCCUUCAAUAAUCUUAACACACCUUCACUAAAGAAUAAAUUUAACAAAUGAAAAUAAAUUUGUUUACCUCAUUCAUUUUUUCGCAGUCGUUUACGUCAUAGUUUGGACACAGGAACACAUAAUUCUUGUUAUUUAGUUUAGCUAACAUGAACAAAUAUCUAUUUCUCUAUUCAUUUUGUUUUCAUUUAUCAACAAAAUAAACCCCGAUAUUAUAAACAGGGACAUUUUAAUACUACUUUAUAUCUGGUUUCUUUUUGUUAAUCCUGUCGCGUGACAUCCUAAUCACCACGUGAUACUGUCACGUGACAGAACUAAUGCAAUUCAAUUUGUCAUGUGAUAUAAGAUUAUUUCAAAAAAUAUGUUUCAGCAUUAUUUAAUGAUAUUCAAAUAAAUUAUGAUAUUCGGAAAUUUCGUCAUAGUUAAUUUAGUGAAUAGUUGGUGUUUUUAGGUCACCUGAGACGAAGUCACAGUUGACCUAUGACCUUUUGUCCGGCGUCGUGCGUCAUAAACAAUUUACAUUUUCGACUUCUUCUCAAAAACCGUUGAACCAAAUUUAAUGAAAUGUGCCAGGAGGCUUCCAUGGUCAAAGGUCAACAAAAAUCGUGAAUUGUAUGGUCCCGACCCCCCAAGGGCCCGAGAGGCGGGGCCAAAAAGCGUCAACUUGGCUAAAAUAAAAAAAAAAUUGAAAAAUUCUCAACUCCCAGAUAUGGUAUAAUCAAAUACUCUUUACAGAUAGAAAGGUCUGAAGGUCCUUUACUCAAAUUAUGAAUUUCAUGACCCUGGGGUAUCACGUUUCCCUCUGGAAAGGGGUAAAGUUUACUAUAGUUUAUAUAGGAAAUUCAUAUUUUUGAACAUUAUUUGUUCCAAUUGCCAUUAGAAAUGACACAAAAUUUGUUAGAAUUAUCAGUAUGGGAUAUCUGUUGAAAAGUACUUGUAUAUUGGCUCUGACUGACCCCCUGGGCUGAUGGACGGGGCCAAAAAUGGUCAAAUUAACUGAAAUAUUUCAAAACUCAGGUGACCUUUAAAGCUGAUGGCCCUCUCGUUUCAUAUUAAAUAUGUAAUCCUGAUGUAAUAUCGUGAUGUACUAGAUUUUUUCUUCGCAUACACGGAUUAUAUAUAAAUAUGUACAUUUAUUCGUUAAAAUUUGAUAGUUUAUAAAUGUUGCAAAUAAACGAUUUUUUGUAUCAAAAGAAAUUAUAGUUGUGUAUUGGAAUCGUCGCAAGGAUUUGUCAAAAAUCUUUUUCAACUGAUGUCUGUACAGACUUAUUCUGACAACAUACAUUUGAUAUGUACAGGAUUUACAAUCAUUUGGCAGUCAGCUCAUGAUACAAUAUACAUCCUUAUGAUUAUAUUUUUUUGAAUAAUCUUAUUUUUUCUUUCAAAACGAUAUUUUUGUCUUAUGUUCAUGCCCCUGAUCUAAUUCACAUAGAAAUCGUUAAACUGUCGCUGUGCUCGCCAUCAAUAUUUGUACUAGUACUGUAUAUGGAAGGAAUAUUUUCCCACCUUUAACCGUGAAUGGUCUUUAUAUAUUUGUUUACAUUUUUAUUUGGCAGCAAAGACACGUGAUAAUAUCAUUUUAAAUGAGAACGUUAUAACUGUCAAGCAUAAAAUUAUUUUCAAUCAAAUAAAAAUCCGCACAUGGGGGCGCUUUUGUAAGGGCAACAACUCCUGUUUGUGACGGUACGAAUUAAAAGCGCGACGCUUUAAAAACAAAAUGAGGGAAAGUCAUUUAUGAUUUUGAACAAGGUCAUCGUCACUAUAUAGUAUAUAUAGAAUGUUGACUUUAUCGCUAGACGUUCUUCUUCGAUUCCCAUAAGCAUGUUCAGUAAAAAAAAAAAGAAAAUAAAUAAAUAAAUAGAAAAAAAAAUCUAAUUGUGAAAUUUCACAUAAGCUACUCGUUCAAAACAUCACAUCUUAUUAAAGUUUGGUUUAGAAUAUCUUGUGAAUAUACAUUAAAUGCAAGGCCAUUAUUUUUAUAUGUGGUAUUUUUGAUCACUUAUAGCCGAAAGAGUGUUUAUAUGGCCCGUGUUGCCUCAUUGAUACGUAACUUGGUUUAAUAGAACACUCGACGUACACCGUUUGAAGUUAUUAAAAACACAUUUAGGUUAUUUUGUGUACUUAAAAGUGAAUAAGAGACCUGCUACUGUCAUUUAAGACUGAACUGUCACAUACAUCAAUUUCAUAAACGACAGCUCUAGUUAUUAUAAAAUAGUUCAGCUUGAGUCACGUGUACAAGCUAUAUUUCACCUCAAACGGACAGAAUGCUGCGGUCACAAUUUUCAAUAUGGCGGCGGUUUGUUGAGGAUCUUGGAUCUGUAAAAUAAAGUCACUUACCUUAUA